UUACAGCAAUUCUUUCUGCAGGUGCAAGCAUCACCAAACCACUAGAGUACAACAUAUUUGACUGCAUGGUUGGCAAGAGGUUUCAGAAAAACAAGAAGCAAGCAUGAUGAUCUCGGUUCACUUCAUUGUGCUCAUUAUCUGGAUGACACAAGAAUUUGUGACCUGUGUCAAUAUGAGGAUGCCUGUUGAUAUCUUAACGACAGCAUUAGGAGACUCUCUUACAUUAAACUGCACCUACAACUGCUCAACUGAAUUUGUCCGCGGCUGUUGGAGUAAAUCAUCAGAUAACUCCGUCUGUUUCGGUACUCACGCAAAGUGCACAGUGUCUCUUCGUCUGUCAAAUGUGUCUGCUGAAGACCUCGAGAAGAACUACACAUGCUAUACACUUGUAACGGACGACCCACAACUUCUACCAAAAACAGAGCGAAUCGUUAAGCUGAAGCUUCAAGGUCAAAGAAGAGCCCCAACGUGGAAAGUUACCCUAAAGACUGAAACUGAAAAUGCAACUCUUCCUGCAAAGCCAAGAGAUCAAAGUGGAGGAGAGUUUACUGGAAUUAAAGUCUUAGCAACGGUGACGGUUGCUGUUGCCACGGUGCUCACAGCUUUGGCAGCUUACAUGUGUCUGAACCGGAACAGACAGAGCUUGAGUUGUAAAGGGCCGCCUGUUGGGUCCAGGUCAGGCUCACCACUACCCCCUCAUGCUGUCUGCCUACCAGUGAACGGGCCACAGUCCACACAAAGUGAGAGAGUGACUUUGAGGAUUCCAACACCUGACAGUGAGAGUGACACGGAGGUUCCUUAUGCUGACAUAAUGAUCACUGUGCGAGGCGUUAGUACACCAGAGCUCACUCAGGUCGGCUACCUGACCCCUGGAGAUCAAAGAGAGUGGCGGGGAGAUGACUCGAGGUGUAACCUGCAGGCCUCACGUUCAGCUGACAGACUGCAUGUGCCUCAGCCCAGAGAGGUCAGCCGGAAGAUGAGCACCAACUCUGAGUAUGCCGUCAUCACGUACGCCUGACUCUGAAGGUUGCUGCUGAUGGAUGGGAAGAAAAAGACGACAAUAACGUUGUGUUUGUGACGUAACACCGCAUCUAAUACUUUCAAAUAAAUAUUUUCUGUCCUCUGUAAAUAAUGCCAUCGUAUAACGCUACAUAUUUGUAUAUUGCUUUGCUUGAAACAAUAAACCCAUGUGAUUUUUUUUUUU